ACUGUCCCGACUCCCGACUGCAAUCUGCAAUGGUCGGCGGUUGAACAUUGUACUCCAUUCUGUGGUUGUACCUCCUUCUUAUUUUUGUUUUAUGAUUUUUUAGAUACAUUGAAGUUUUUGUUGUGCGCUCUUGUUUUUUCAUCUAUGAUUGGCUAACUUGUGAUACACUCGUGUUUUUUACACUUAAAAAUGGCUGGUUAUGAUGAUCAGUUGUCUGAUGCGAUGGGUACUUUGUCCUUCGACAAUGACCACUGGAAUGAACUCGGAUUGGACAACAGUAUUCGGACACAGUUAAGAAAAAUCGAAAAUGAAUUUGAAUCCAUUUUCUCUUGGGACAUUCAAAAAUUAACAGGUAUCAGUCAAAAUCUUAUGAUGACCCUUAUUGAUAAGGUUCAUGAAAAACAAGAAAUGAUCAUAGACAAGGAUGAUGAAUUCAAUUUGAAUAGGUUUUAUUUACAAUUAGUAGCUAGUUAUGAACUUUAUAAUAACAAAAGUUAUCAGGAAUCAUAUUUGGAAAUUGAAAGCGUUCUUAAAUUUAUGAAAACCUGUAAAUUUGACGAGUCAAAUGAACAGUACUCUGAUGCUUACUACCAUAUUGCUUGUGCCACCAAUGCUUAUAUUGCACUAUCAUUGAAAAUUGAUUCAGAAAAGUUAUUGAAGAAUAUUAAACUAAUAAACAAUUUUAAUCGAGCUGAAAAAGCUGCGGUUUGUGCUGUUAAAGCCAGAGUUUUUAUGGAGUACCCACCUAAAGGAAAUGAUAUUGCUUUAAAAUUUGCUGAUCGAGCUCGUACCCUCCACUCUACUGAACCUGAAUGGAUAAUCAUUUGGUUAAAAGCCAAAGGACGAGUAAGACGUUAUUACGAACAAUAUAAAAUGCCAGGGGAUGAUGAAAUAGAUGCUGCAGAAAUUUUAUGUUCUACAAAAACUAAGGCUCGACUUUUAAUUCAAGCUUCUAAACUUUAUAUGGAAGCAGCAUUUGUUAAUAAAUUAAAAAAUAACAAAGAUGAGUCAAAACAAUUUUAUAAGCUUUCAUAUGAUAUUACUGAAAAAUCAGUUGAAUUAGCCAAAGACGACACAAAACAACUUUAUUCUUGUCUACUGACAUGUAUCGAUUAUCCUAAAGAGUUAUUGUCAAAAUCUAUGAUGGACAAUAUAAUUACAAAACUGGCAAAUGUUGAAAAUAGCCGUGUGGAUCAAGUUCUAGGCAAAUAUUAUUUAAAGCAUGAAAUGGAUUAUGAAAAAGCAAAAAUGCAUUUAUCUCGUGGAAUGGCUGCUGGUCAUUUUAGUAGUUCAUUGCAGUUAAUAAAAGUAGAGUGCCUGUUGCAACCUGUUGAUACAUUUCCUCUUGUGAAGACAUUAAAUAUGAUGUAUGAUGUUUUUCCAAGUCCAAAAAGAAGACUUAUUAUUUUAUCACAAAUAUUGAUAUAUUACAAUUACUGUGAAAAUAAUCCAAAAGAAAUGAUGCGCUUCCUAAAAAUGUACAUUGAUCAAGAGAUUGAUGAUACAUUUAAAAAACGCCAUUUAAUUUUUGCUCAUCCAUUAUUUAAAGUUAACGGAUUCAGAUCAAAACAAUUUUUAAAUGUACUAUGCCUAAAAGUUAAAGAAAUUAUAAACAAGAAUAAGUGGAAUAAAGAAGAAAAAAUUAUGGUUGACAAUACAUUUGAUCAGUUGAAUAAAAUAUCAAAAUUACAUUUUUAUGACAGUCAAUAUAAUAAUGAUAAUAAAACUGCUUUUCAUAGUAAAAAUGAAACUAAUUCAAAGAGAGAAUAUCAUAUAAAGAAACCAUAUAAUAAUAGACAAAAUGAAUCUUGGCGAAAACAAAAGGUUGAUGAUUUGUCAGAAAAUGUGUCUAAUAAUAGUCGUCAACACCAAUUUGCUUCAAAGCACAUAAAUCAGAAUAAGCCUUUAGAAAAAAAAAGUGAUUUAAACAUAGAACCUUCAACAAGUGAACAUAAAGUAAUUUAUAAUAAUUUACCUGUAAAAAAAUCUAUUGAGCCAAUGAACAGUUUGAACAACUCGGAUAGUAUUGAGACAAAACUAAAAAAGUUUGAAAACAAAUUUAACUCCUUGGGCAAUUUACAUGUUGUGUCAAUAGAAAAAAACUCUAUCAAUAAACCAUUCAGUAGUAGGACACAUGGUAGAGGUAAUAAUAGAUAUGGUGGUUAUAAAUCAAAUUGGCGUAACCAACAAGACGACUCUCAAAAUCAAGACAGUUAUGAAAUAUUUCAUAGCCAUGGAAUUGAUUCUCAACACUCCCGAGGAUAUAAAAAUGAGUAUCCGAAAAAUCAACAAGAUGGAAACCCAAGACAUAAAUUUGGAAAUCGUCCACUAUCUAGUGGGUCUUAUAAAAAAGAUAUUGAUGAUACUGAGAGUUAAAUGUAUUGUACAAAACUAGAUUUGACAUAACAAUUUAUUUACAAUUGAUUUUCAUUUUAUUUAAACUUAAAUUGUACAAUUCAUGUACCAGCUACUAUUACUCUUCUACAUUAUAAUCAAUAUAUUAUUAAUCCAAUUAUUUACUAUUUACUUUUAUUUUUAUCAACUAUGUUAUUAUGUAUUAAUUUUAUAAAGUAAGGAGCCAUUCAUUACUUAAUUUAAAUGUUUUAACAUUUUUAUAAUAAAAUAUUUUUUUAUUAUUGUUA